AUGAUAUAUUUACAGAUUCCACUUAUUCUUAUAUUCCUGCUGGGAUUUGUAAUAGCUUUUGUGCUGCUGAUUACUUGCAUCGUAGUUUUGAUAUGUAGGUGGCGGUCACCACCUUCGGACCCUCCAGCUAAUAGCAAAAUCUGGCUGGCAGCAUGUCUUCUUACCAUAUGUGCUGUAGUGACAAUAGUCUGCCUUGUGCUCAUUGGUACAAGUACCAACGCUAUAAGCGAUGGUUUGGACUACCUGCCCGAUCAGUUAUCAAAAUCAGCGACAGGUGUGUGUUAUUCGAAAAUUCCCACUGUCGCAGAAACCGGUAAAAUAAGCAAACACAAACAUCGGUGCUUCUAAAA